AUCUCUUCUCAAUAUGGGAAAUAAUUUUAGAUUUUGCGAUUGAACCAGGAUUGAACUGAGUUCAUUUUUUGUUUCGUAUAUUUGCUUUCCGACCGAAAUGCACGAGUAAUACAAUAGCUUAGAAGCAUUUAAAGAUUUACGAAUUAUUAUUCAUAUUUACCACCAUAAGCUCUUCUGUGAUGGCGGCAAAAACUGAGGAUUUAAAAUGCGAUGGUGACCUGGAUUUCGAAUUCAACGUGUCCGACAAGGUAAGGAAAUACGAAGAGUUUAUUAAUGAUUGUCUUAAAGCAGAUUUGCGAAAGGUCCACGAAUUAAGGGACAAACUGUAUUCCAAUAUUGCUGAUUAUUUACAACUGAAGACUACCAUCGAGAAAAUUAAAUUUUUUGAUGGAGGAAAAAUGAAAACGCAAGUCGACUUGGGAUGCAACUUUUAUUGUCAAGCCGAGGUCAAGGAUACCAAAUUGAUAUUAGUUGCUGUAGGUUACGGAUUUUACGUCGAGUUUACUCUUAAUGAGGCUGAGAAUUUCAUAGACCAAAAAGUGGAAUACUUGACUAAGCAAGCAGAGAUGCUUUCCAAAGAUUCAAGCAAAAUCAAGGCACACAUAAAGGUGGCACUACAAGGGCUGAGCGAAUUGCAAAUGUUGAAUUUUGCAGGAAGAGAAGGCAGGAGUACAUAGCCUUUUUCUGUUUGUUGUUAAACAGAAAUUUUGUAUUCAUAUUUGUAGUGUAUUUCUGAGUAAUUGACUAACAGAAUCAAAGGCGGGCACUGUUCCAAAUUUCCUUUUUUCCAAAUGGGAAGAUGAAUUGACUUUUCGUCUCAUGAAUGUUCAGCAUCUUGUCUGUUUGAAUUUGUGUACAGUUAUCCUGAAUGAACAAGCAUGCAAUUCAUAUUCUGGACAAUAGCUUUGGUUACAAGAAUAGAGCAGGCAACUUUUGAAAGCCAUAAAGGUUGUAAAAUAAGACUUUAUAUUAGUAAAACACAAAACAGUUGACAUUCCAUUGAGGUAAACAUUUAUUUUAAUGAUUUAUGACUUGUAAUACUUGUGGAAAUAGAAUAAAUAGUGUUAACUUUUUACUGAGUGUCAUUUGUUUUGUGUUUUAUUAAAAUGCUUUUGACAGUCGUAAUUUUAAGAAUGUGUGUGUACAGAACCAUAUUGUAUGAUUUUUCAAAGAUUCCAAUGUCAAUAAUUUGUAAAAUGUUCAGAAUUCAAAGUCUAUUUAUUUAAUAGUGUAACUAAUUUUGGAUGUAUUGUAAAUCCUUCUCAUAUUAUUCAUUAUGCAGAAAAUAGUAUUUUAGAUAGUUCAUAGUAAAAGAAAUGCUUUUCAACUUUA